AUGCGGACGACUGCGGUGGAAAAGGCGUUACAGCCACCCGGGUCUGCUGCCGGCGGUGCACCGGUUUCCAAAGACCAUCCCUUGUCCAACGGUGUGCGACAAGCGAAGGCACUCAAUGAAGAACGUGUACUCAUGAUGGCCGCCAUCGCACAGGAGGUCGCUGAGCAAAGCGAUCGCUACUCCACCGAGCUCCAGAUGGAACUGAAGCGACUGGAAACCGAGAAUGCAGGGCUGCGUGAACUCCUGGAAAUCAGAAUGAAGGAACAGCCACGCCCACAGUCCUCCUCC